GCGGACUACCCGUGUCUUCGGGCCCUAUGGCGCCGCAUGGGCCCCACAUGUGUACGUCGGCUACCGCGAGGGCCGUUGGGCAUCUUUGCCCACUUAGGGUUCCGGCUGCGGAGCUUUCAGGUGAUGCGGGUGUGUCCUCCGGUGUCCCGGUGUUGUCGAGGGACCCUCCUGGAGACCUGGGCAGACUGGGCACCGGCCGUUUGCAGCUCUUGCGAGUCCUUUUGCGGUGCUGGGGGUACUGGUGGUGGUGGUGCCGGUGUGGUCAUUUGCCGGAGACUUCCUUUCUACAAGAGUUCAUCUGCUGUAGCCCUGCUGUACUCGCGUGUGGACAUCGAGGGGCGGUGUAGUUUAGGACCCAGUCGUACCUUUAGGGACGGUCGGUGCUUGUGUGUGCGGCUAGCUGGUUUCCUGGUUUGGGGCGAUGGCCAGUGGGGACAACCCCCGUUGUUGUUGUUGGUGGUGGUGCACAACACACCAGGCAUCGUUCUUCGAACCUUCAUUUUCUUGCGAGAGGCAUUGCUGCGUCAAGUGCCGGUCGCCGAAUCUGGGCUUGGCAAGGAGGAGCCAUGGUGGUACAGCGACUUAAACGCUCUGAAGGACAUGCUGAGCAACUGGGUCAAUGUGCUUCUGGUGGCAGUGCCUAUGGGUAUUAUAGCAGGGGCCCUAAAAUGGGGUGUGAUUUACGUAUUCUGUCUGAACUUCACGGCUCUCAUUCCACUGGCGCUGCUGUUGGGAGACGUCACCGAGGACUUGGCGCUGCGGUACGGCUCCGUCAUCGGUGGCCUGAUUAACGCCACCUUUGGCAAUAUCGUGGAGAUCAUUCUAUCCAUCGCGGCGCUGUUCAACGGCUUGUAUGAUGUUGUGGCGGCGUCGCUGCUGGGGAGCAUUCUCUCCAAUCUGUUGCUCGUUACCGGCUGCAGCUUCUUCUUCGGUGGCCUCUACAACAAGACACAAAGGUUCAACCCCACCGGCACGCAGGCUUCAAGCUCGCUGCUGUUCGUCGCAGCCCUGGCCUUCCUCAUCCCAACCGGCGCCGGCCUCAUGUUCACUGCCGAGAACCCCCAGGACCGGGAGGACAUGGUGCUGCGCAUCAGUAGGGGGACGGCGGUUGUGAUGCUGCUGUGGUGGCCCCCUCCUGACCUCUCUCCACGCACUAUCCGCUUCCACCUUCCCCAAUUAAAUAACCUCACUGCUGUUAACCUCCUAACAACUCUUCCGGUUUCGGUUGGCAGUUACGGUUGCUACCUGGGCUUCCAACUAGGUACCCACGUGUACCUCUUCCAGCUGCGGCCUGAGGAAAAGCCCAUGCUGUCACUCUUCACCUCCAUCACGCUGCUGGCCGCUAUCACCAUAACUGUGGCUGUAGCGUCCGAGAACUUGACAUCGUCGCUGGAAACGUUCAGCAAGCGCUCCGGUCUUGGGAAGGCCUUUCUGGGCACCAUCGUGCUGCCCAUUGCCGGCAACGCAUGCGAACAUAUGACGGCUGUCAUCGUGGCUACCAAGAACAAGAUGGACCUGUGA